UGAUCUCAAUCCCACGCGCAUAGCGUAGCUUUAAGUUCCAGGGGCGUGAGAUGGCACAUCUACGGAAACGAUUAAAUACUAAAACCUUGCUAUGUGUAAAGUGAGUUUGACUUAAAGCUUAUUUAAACGAAUUAAUAGUGUUGUUAAAUGUGUCGGUUUUUAGUUUCAAUAUGUACUUAAUGUUAUCGUUCGCCUAUGUGCUCGUGUUCAGCGCAAUGUUCGAUGCCGGUGCUACUAGCAAACGAAGUUACUCCGAUCAAUCUAUAAAGGGAUAUAUUACCGAGAGAACAUGUUGGUGGAACGAAGUUUGCAAGGAGGAGUUUCAAAGGCUGUUCCGUUGCAAGUGUCCUUCCUGGUCGUACUGCCGAAGCCCUGGCAAAUACUAUAACGCCGUGUGUUCCAUGACUGAGACGGGCUACAUAUGGGACCAACCCAACUCUCAAUGGAGAGGCCAGUGAUCAAUUCAGUUAUCUCAAGAUUUUCACAUAAUUAUUCCAAAACAUUUUUUCCCACCUAAUAACACCUAGAAAACAAAAUGGAAAAGAGAUUUCCGAAUGUGCCACGUUCAACGAAUACCUGAGACUGAUUUGGUAGAAAAAGAAAUUGAAUUUCAUCUUCUAUUUUCGUAUUAUGCCUAAGAUGCCUUGUUUGUCUCCGAAUCAUGUGGAGACGUGUUAAUUUUGUAUGACCAAUUUUGUUGAAAAUUGUUAAAUUUACUUGAAUAAACGUAUCGUUAAGACA